AUGGACAAGCUGGGAAACCAUGACUUGAAUGAAGUGACCUAUGAUGAGGUGCAUGUUGGUUUCACUUGGGAAGAGUGGACUUUGCUGGAUCCUUCACAGAAGAAUCUCUACAAAGAUGUAAUGCUGGAGACCUACAGGAACCUCACUAUUAUAGGGUACAGUUGGAAGGAUCAUAAUAUUGAAGAACUUUGUCAAAGCUCUAGAAGACAUCAAAGGCAUGAAAGAAGCCAAACUGAAGAGAAACUUUCUGUAUAUACUCAAUAUGGUAAAGACUCUGCAUAUGAUAAUCAUCGUCAAAGACAUAAAAGAUCACAUACUGGAGAGAAACAACAUGAAGGCAAUCAAUGUGGUAAAGCCUUUGCACAACAGUGUGGUCUUCAAUUCCAUAAACGUACACAUACUGGAGAGAAACCCUAUGAAUGUAGUGAAUGUGGUAAAGCCUUUGGUUAUCAUAGUCAUCUUCAAGUACAUAAAAGAACACAUACUGGAGAGAAACCCUAUGAAUGUAAUCAGUGUGGUAAAGCCUUUGGUUAUAACAGUCAUCUUCAAGUACAUAAAAGAACACAUACUGGGGAGAAACCCUAUGAAUGUAAUGAAUGUGGUAAAGCCUUUGGUUACCACAGUGUUCUUAAUGCCUUUCAAGUACAUAAAAGAACACAUACUGGAGAGAAACCAUAUGAAUGUAAUCAAUGCGGUAAAGCUUUUGAUUAUUACAAUUAUCUUCAAGUACAUAACAGAACACAUACUGGAGAGAAACCCUUUGAAUGUAAUCAGUGUGGUAAAACCUUUGCACAACAUGGUGCUCUUCGAUUGCAUAAAAGAACACAUACUGGAGAGAAACCCUAUGAAUGCAAUGAAUGUGGUAAAGCCUUUGGUUAUCACAAUGUUCUUCAAGUUCAUAAAAGAACACAUACUGGAGAGAAACCCUAUAAAUGCAAUCAAUGUGGUAAAGCCUUUGCACAACAGUGUGGUCUUCAAUUCCAUAAACGUACACAUACUGGAGAGAAACCCUAUGAAUGUAGUGAAUGUGGUAAAGCCUUUGCACAACACAGUCAUCUUGAAGUGCAUAAAACAACACAUACUGGAGAAAAACCCUAUGAAUGUAAUCAGUGUUGUAGAGCCUUUGCAUUUCACAGUAAUCUUCAAAGACAUAAAAUAACACAUGCUGGAGAGAAACCAUAUGAAUGUAUUCAGUGUGGUAAAGCCUUUGCACAACACAGUUAUCUUCAAGUACAUAAAAGAACACAUACUGCAGAGAAAACU